AUGAACUCCACCCAUUUCGAGCGCUACGCUCGCCUGCUGGUCGAGCACGGAGCUGGGGUGCGCCCCGGCCAAGAGGUCUACGUUCACGGCGAGGUCGCUCACCGCGACCUCGCCCUGCGAGUCGGCGAAGCGGCCUACGACCAGGGCGCCCGGUCGGUCACCUACUGGCUGAAAGACCCGCUGGUCACCGCUCAGCGCAUUCGCCGCGGCGAACUCGAACGCAUCGAGGUCGCGCCCGAGGCCGAGCGCCACUGGUUUGGCCGCAUCCUCGAAACUCGCGGUGCGCUGAUCUCGCUACGCGGCGACGAGUAUCCCGACCUGCCGUCCGAGCUCGCCGCCAGCCAUCCGCGGCAACACGAAGUCUUCACCCGCGGCCAGCGAACGGUAGCGGCGGCCUUUCACCAGCACGGCAUCAAUCGCAGCCUGUGCCCCUGGGUAGUAGCCGGAGCGCCGACCGCGGCCUGGGCCGCCAAAGUGCAGCCGGCACUGGACCAAGACCCCGACAAGGCCGUCGAACGCCUGGCCGAGCUGCUAUUCCGCUUCACCUUCGCCGACCGCGAAGACGCCCUCGAGCUCGCCGCCCGACGCGACCAACAACUCCACGCCCGCCGCCGGGUGCUCGACGAGCUGGCGAUCGAAGAAUCCACGUCCACGGCGGCGGCAGCGACCUGCGGCAAAGAGACCACCGCCGGCCAGACCUACAACGCCAACGUGCCCAGCCUGGAGAACUACACCACCCCCGACCGCCGCCAAACCCAAGGCCGGCUGGCGGCCACCAUGCCCUUCCGCACCAAGAGCGGCGUCCUGGUCGAGGAUCUGGUGCUCGAAUUCGAAAACGGCCGGGUGCGCUCCUUCACCGCCAGCCAGGGCAGCGAAGGCUUCGAACGCUGGAUCGACAGCGACGACGGCGCACGCCACCUCGCGGCCUAUCUUCGAACACACCCUCUACGACGAAACGCCUGGGCCCACGCCGCCCUCGGCAAGGCCUACACCAACGCCCUGCGCGGCGGCCCCGAGAUGAGCGCCGCCGAGUUGCAAGAACUGGGCUGUAACGACUCGGUGAUCCACACCGACAUCAUGUUCGGUUCGGCGGAAGUUUCGAUUACGGCGACCAGAGCCGCCGGGGCGAGGUGCCGUUAA